AUGGCCACCAUCUUCCACCGUUUUCCUUACCUCCCCUGGGAGCUGCGUGCUCGAAUCUGGGAACUUUCCGCUGAGCCUCGCACAGUCCAGGUUCUUACUGGGGAGUAUGGAAAACCGUUGAGCGAUGCGUCUGUCGGCAAAAAGGAAUAUAAGCGGGUUUUUUCUUCCACGCCCAUGCCAGCAAUGCUACAAGUGUGCCGCGAGUCACGCAACCUUGGAGUGUACCGACAGUGCUUUUCUGAGGUCGAACGCAUUCCCGACUUCGUCCCCAAAGCUAGCUGGAGGCGAUACGUCUGGCUGAAUCUCGAUCUUGACAUCAUCGACAUCGGAAUGCAGGACCUUCGCGAUCUGAAGUUGGUUGCCCCAUCCAUCAAGCGGCUCAAGUUGGAGCGGGCAGGGCUUACAAAAUCAGUUCCCACAUCCGAGCCCGGAGCUCCCAGGGCAGCGUAG